UGUAUUCUCAUGAUCAUGCCUUCCUCACCGACCGUCGAAUCCACAGAAGUCAUCUUCACGGCAAUCUACACGUUCGAAUCGGCUGUAAAAGUAAUGGCCCGAGGUUUCAUCUUGCAGCCUUUUACAUAUUUAAGAGACGCAUGGAACUGGCUAGACUUCGUAGUAAUAACAUUAGCUUAUGUAACGAUGGGUAUCGACCUGGGAAAUUUGGCUGCUCUCCGCACAUUUCGAGUGCUGCGAGCUUUAAAAACUGUCGCCAUCGUCCCAGGUUUGAAGACCAUCGUCGGAGCCGUCAUAGAGUCUGUGAAGAAUCUUCGGGAUGUGAUAAUUCUGACGAUGUUCUCAUUGUCCGUGUUCGCACUCAUGGGCUUACAAAUCUACAUGGGCGUCCUCACGCAAAAAUGCAUCAAAAAUUUUCCGGAGGACGGCUCAUGGGGAAACCUCACUGACGAAAACUGGGAGAGAUUCAUGAGCAAUGAAACGAAUUGGUAUGUAACGGAAAGCGGGGACAUGCCCUUAUGUGGAAAUUCGUCAGGUGCUGGUGAGUGCGCUCCAGGCUACAGGUGCCUUCAAGGAUUUGGCGGUAAUCCAAACUACGGGUACACGAGUUUUGAUACUUUCGGUUGGGCUUUUUUGUCGGCGUUCAGAUUGAUGACACAAGAUUACUGGGAAAAUUUAUAUCAAUUGGUAUUGCGAUCGGCUGGACCAUGGCAUAUGUUGUUCUUUAUAGUUAUUAUUUUUUUGGGAUCGUUCUAUCUGGUUAACUUGAUCUUGGCUAUCGUCGCGAUGUCGUACGAUGAAUUGCAAAAGAAAGCAGAAGAGGAAGAAGCAGCUGAAGAAGAAGCCAUCAGAGAAGCAGAAGAAGCGGCAGCAGCACGAGCCGCCAAACUGGAGGCCCACGCAGCGAAUCGCGAAGCCGCCGCUGCCGCUGCGGCUGCUGCUGAAGCCGGAAUAACCGAGGAUCCGAAUCUCAUAAAGUCACCGUCCGACUUCAGCUGUCACAGCUACGAGCUCUUCGUUGGCCAAGAGAAGGGUUGCAGUGACGACAACAAUCGAGAAAAGAUGUCACUGCGCAGCGAAGGACUCGAGUCGGUGAGCGAAUAUCAGAGACCGACCGCCGCGUCGCUGCAACAGCAAGAUCAAAUAGCUGCCAGACAGGCCGCGGCUAAAGCGCGCAGGGUCAGCGCGGCCUCGUUAUCACUGCCUGGCUCGCCUUUCAACUUACGCCGCGGAUCACGCGGUUCCCAUCAGUUCACAGUGCGGAAUGGUCGAGGCCGCUACCCUGGAGGACCUGCCUCCAAUGGCGCGGGCGUUUGCGACCGAAAGCCGUUAGUGUUAUCCACGUAUCUCGAUGCGCAAGAACAUUUACCAUAUGCAGACGAUUCCAAUGCUGUCACUCCAAUGUCGGAAGAGAAUGGUGCCAUCAUCAUGCCGGUGUACUAUCCUGGGAAUCUAGGUUCGCGACAUUCCUCAUAUACAUCGCAUCAUUCCCGCUUAUCGUACACUUCUCACGGCGAUUUGCUGGGUGGCGCGACCAAGGAAUCCAGAUUAAGAAGUCGAAGUCAACGAAACACGCAGCAGCAACUUGCUCAACUGGCGCAGCAACAGCAACAGACGCCGAUCACUCAGCAACCGACAUAUACUGACACAAAUCACAAGAUGCCUGGCCGAGAACCACACCAUGGUUCGAUGGAAUAUACUGACGAGAUGGGAAAAAUAAAACAAAUCGACAAUCCUUUUAUUGAACCUGCUCAGCAGCAAACAGUUGUAGAUAUGAAAGAUGUCAUGGUGCUAAACGAUAUAAUCGAACAAGCAGCUGGUCGACAGAGCAGAGUCAGUGAUCAUGGAGCCUGGCUAUUUUUUAUCUGGGCAAAGAGAUUUUAUUCGACUAUUCGAUUGAUUGGCCUUUUAGUCUCUAUUUGCAUGAAUUUGAGACUCCGAGUAUUCAAAUUAGCUAAAUCUUGGCCAACGCUGAAUUCUAUAUCCAUUAUGGGUCGAACGAUGGGUGCCUUGGGUAAUCUAACGUUUGUGUUGUGUAUUAUCAUCUUCAUAUUCGCCGUAAUGGGUAUGCAGUUGUUUGGAAAAAAUUAUUACGAUAAAGUCGAUCGUUUUCCCGAUGGAGAGCUACCUAGAUGGAACUUCACGGAUUUCAUGCAUUCAUUUAUGAUUGUGUUUCGUGUGCUUUGUGGAGAAUGGAUAGAGUCUAUGUGGGAUUGCAUGCUUGUAGGUGAUGUCAGCUGUAUUCCUUUCUUGGCUACUGUUGUCAUUGGUAAUUUUGUGGUAUUGAAUCUCUUCUUGGCCUUGCUCUUGUCGAACUUCGGUUCUUCGAGCUUAUCAGCCCCAACAGCGGACAACGACACAAACAAGAUCGCCGAGGCAUUCAACAGAAUAUCUCGUUUCAUCAAUUGGGUCAAAAGAAAUAUAGCUGAUGCAGCUAAAUUGGUUAAGAACAAACUGACGAAUCAGAUAUCCGAUCGCCACGGUGCAGAUCUUGCCGGGGAAACAGAAAUUGAAUUAGGAACAGACGAAAUCUUGGCCGAUGGUAUACUCAGAAAGUCUUCCAAAGAUUUGAACCAAUUAGAAGUAGCGAUAGGUGAGGGAAUGGAAUUUACGAUACAUGGAGAUUUAAAAAAUAAACUGAAAAAAGGAAAAAUGUUAAUGAAUAACACCAAAACCAUUGGCAACUCCAUAAGUGGGAAUCACCAGGAUAAUAGAUUAGAAAAUGAUAUACUUAAUAAUCACGGAUUACAGGAUGAUGUACUUAGUGUGAAAUCUUACGGAAGUCAUCUGAAUAGACCAUUCAAAGAUGAAAGUCAUAAAGGCAGUGCCGAAACGAUGGAAGGAGAAGAAAAACGAGAUAUUAGUAAAGAAGAUCUGGGAUUAGAUGAUGAUUUGGAAGACAGAGAAUCAGGCGAAGAAGGUGACGAACCAGAAGAACCUGGUUUACAUCCUGCCGCAAUUGUUGUAGAUCCAGAUGCAGCAGGAAUGGACGAGUAUCCGUCCGACUGUUUCCCACCACCAUGUUAUAAGAAGUUUCCAUUUCUUGCUGGGGAUGACGAUGCGCCUUUCUGGCAAGGUUGGGCAAAUCUUAGACUGAAAACGUUUCAGCUGAUCGAGAACAAGUACUUUGAGACGGCGGUUAUCACCAUGAUUCUACUCAGUAGUUUGGCUCUGGCUUUGGAGGAUGUUCAUCUCCAACAUCGGCCGAUCUUGCAGGACAUAUUGUACUACAUGGAUCGAAUAUUCACUGUGAUAUUUUUCAUAGAGAUGUUGAUCAAGUGGUUGGCGCUUGGCUUCAAAAUGUAUUUUACGAACGCCUGGUGCUGGCUGGAUUUCGUUAUAGUAAUGGUCUCGCUCAUAAACUUCGUAGCCUCUCUGGCCGGUGCAGGAGGUAUCCAAGCCUUCAAAACCAUGCGAACUUUAAGGGCGCUCCGUCCGCUCAGAGCCAUGAGCCGUAUGCAGGGCAUGAGGGUCGUAGUGAACGCUCUCGUUCAGGCUAUACCGUCCAUCUUCAAUGUAUUACUUGUGUGUCUCAUUUUCUGGCUGAUAUUCGCUAUCAUGGGUGUUCAGUUAUUCGCUGGGAAAUACUUCAAGUGCGUGGAUGCAAACAAGACGACCCUGAGUCAUGAAAUUAUACCAGAUCGAAAUGCUUGCAUAGCUGAAAACUACACUUGGGAUAAUUCACCAAUGAACUUCGAUCACGUCGGAAAAGCUUAUUUGUGCCUAUUUCAAGUGGCCACCUUCAAAGGAUGGAUGGCCAUUAUGAACGAUGCGAUUGAUUCGAGAGAGGUCGAUAAGCAGCCUAUAAGAGAGACGAACAUUUAUAUGUAUUUAUAUUUCGUCUUCUUUAUCAUAUUCGGUUCGUUCUUCACUUUAAAUCUGUUUAUCGGAGUCAUCAUCGACAACUUCAAUGAACAGAAGAAGAAAGCUGGUGGUUCCUUGGAAAUGUUCAUGACAGAAGAUCAGAAAAAGUAUUAUAAUGCCAUGAAAAAAAUGGGUUCGAAGAAACCAUUGAAAGCAAUUCCUAGGCCCAGGUGGCGUCCUCAAGCAAUAGUAUUCGAAAUAGUAACAAAUAAAAAAUUCGACAUGAUUAUUAUGUUGUUCAUCGGUUUCAAUAUGCUCACCAUGACGAUGGAUCACUACAAGCAAAGCUCUACAUAUAGUAUGGUACUAGACAAUCUAAAUAUGAUCUUCAUUGUGAUAUUUAGUUCGGAAUGUCUUAUGAAGAUAUUCGCCCUGAGGUAUCACUACUUCGUUGAACCUUGGAAUCUCUUCGACUUUGUUGUAGUUAUCUUAUCAAUAUUAGGUCUCGUAUUGAGUGACUUGAUUGAGAAAUAUUUCGUAUCGCCAACGCUGCUUCGAGUGGUGCGUGUGGCGAAAGUUGGACGAGUACUUCGUCUCGUAAAAGGAGCCAAAGGCAUCAGGACGCUACUGUUCGCGCUUGCCAUGUCCUUGCCAGCUCUGUUUAAUAUUUGCUUGUUGCUGUUUCUUGUCAUGUUCAUAUUCGCUAUAUUCGGCAUGUCAUUUUUCAUGCACGUCAAGGACAAGAGCGGUCUUGAUGAUGUUUAUAAUUUCAAGACAUUUGGGCAGAGUAUGAUUCUUCUCUUUCAGAUGUCUACAUCUGCUGGUUGGGAUUCUGUGUUAGACGGAAUUAUUAACGAAGAAGAUUGCCGGCAACCGAACAACGAGAUCGGUUACCCUGGAAACUGCGGUUCAGCCACUAUUGGCAUUACUUAUCUACUCUCCUACCUCGUCAUCAGUUUCUUGAUUGUCAUCAACAUGUACAUCGCUGUCAUUCUCGAGAACUAUUCCCAGGCGACAGAAGAUGUGCAAGAAGGUUUGACAGAUGAUGACUAUGAUAUGUACUAUGAAAUAUGGCAGCAAUUUGAUCCGGACGGAACGCAAUAUAUCCGUUACGAUCAGCUGUCAGAUUUUCUGGACGUUCUUGAGCCACCGCUCCAGAUUCACAAACCAAAUAAAUAUAAAAUUGUCUCUAUGGACAUUCCUAUUUGCAAAGGCGAUAACAUGUUCUGCGUAGACAUUCUGGAUGCCUUAACGAAGGACUUCUUCGCCCGAAAAGGCAAUCCGAUUGAAGAGACGGGCGAUCUGGAAGGCGUGAACACACGUCCGGACGAAGUUGGCUACGAGCCCGUCAGCUCGACGCUAUGGCGGCAACGCGAGGAAUAUUGCGCUCGUCUGAUACAGAACGCGUGGCGCAAGCACAAACGACACCGCGAUGGCGACACAGAAGGCGAAGGCGGCGAUACGGCCGACGAUACGGCGGAUGAUGAAGCCAACGGCUCCGAGGCGAGACAGACUGCCGUGCUGGUGGAAAGCGAUGGCUACGUGACGAAGAACGGGCCACGCGUCGUUCUGCACUCGCGCUCUCCAAGCGCCACAUCGCGCACGGCGGACGUUUGAGCCGGGGCUCGCCUCGCCCCCAAUGAUCGCAACGAUGACUCCUGACACCAGAACUAAUAACGUUAGUGACGCGGCUCCGCGAAGCGUGAGACGCCUAGUGCUAAAACAGUGACUCUCUGAAAUAAGUUAGUGGUGCCGCGAACAAUUUUACUUCAUUAACAAAAUAAAAAAACAUAAAUAAAUAAAUUAAAUAAUAACUAAUAACGGCUUCUUACAAAACGCACUCUUCGGCUCUAUUUUCUUUCUGCGAUGUUAUUAAGGGGGUGGGGCGAGCUAUUCAAAUAAUAAUAAUAAAUAAAAAAAUAAUAGGCUUUUGAAUAAUCAAUUGAAUUUAGUAUGUAAUAAUUACGGUAAAUAAAAAAAAACUUUUUAAAACGUUUGCCUGCAAAAAUGAUAUAACAAUAAAAAGGUUGCUUGUUUGUUAACACUUUAAAGAUUUUUAGCCAUUGUAUAAAAUAUAUUUAUUAUUAUAAACUAGACAUUCACCACAUUCACACAACAAAGACUUCACAUGUCACACAAUGUUCUUGACGUUUUUUCUAUUCGGGAAUGUGCUUCAUAAUGACGCUUACGCGAGGAUCGCGUGCAGAUGACGGCAACCUUCCCACCGUCGUGUCUGGACAUGAAACUCGCGUCGCGAUGUAGAAGCAGUACAAUUGCUGUACAUAGAAAUGAACAGUACAACACGGCGCACUAUUCAGCAAUGCAUUGGUUCGCUAAGAAACGACGAUUUUACAAAAAGUUAAUCACACUGAAAUUUUUGAAAAGUAGUUCAGGAUAAUAAUUGAAGAGUUUAUUGGCCUUGGUAAAGAACUUCCUACAUAUGAAUCAGUGUCUAUGA